AUGCCGCCACGGCCGCCACCUGCGCCGGCGACGGAGGAGGCCAGAGAUCACGAAGAGGAGAUCCUCCUCCGCCUCCCGCCGGACGACCCCGGGUGCCUCUUCCGCGCCUCGCUCGUCUGCAAGCCUUGGCGCAACCUCCUCACCAGCCCCGCCUUCGGCCGCCGCUACCGCGAGUUCCACCAGACACCGCCCUUGCUCGGCUUCUUCGAGAACCACGACUCCCUGCGUUUAUGGUUCGAACCCUCGACCCCCACCUCUCCCUUCCUCCCGAUGCAUCCCGACCACCGCACUCUCUUCGUGCUCGACUCCCGCCACGGCCUCGUCCUCUUGAGAGCUCAUGCCUCCAAGACGGAUGAGCCCGCCGGCGCCGGGAGCCUCAUCGUCUGGGACCCUGUCGGCCGCCGCCAAUGGGAGUUCCCGCCUCCGGAGUUCGCCAAUACCAUCAUCGACGCCGACGCGGCGGUGCUCUGCGUCGCCGACGGCUGCGACCACCUCGGCUGCCAUGGCGACCGUUUCCUUGUAGCCUACGUGGGCACCGAUUACUCGGCCUCCAUCUUCUCUUCAGAGACUCGUGCCUGGAGCCCCGUUGCCUCUUGUCACCCUCCUGAACCUAACCUCGAAAUGGCCGGAUACCAGCCCAAAGCCCUUGUGGGAAAUGUACUCUACUUCAACUGCGUACUAGGCUCGAUUAUUCUGCGGUUCGAUUAUAUCAGCCUACAACUGUCAAUGAUUCAUGGGCCAAGCAUCGACAAACCGGACCCGGAAUCCCCUAAUUCCGUCCUCAUGAAAACAGAGCAAGGCGUGCUAGGAUGCGCAAUUAUGCAGGAAUCUAGCCUUUGCCUGUGGUCGAUGGACACUGUCCCCGACGGAUCUGUGGCAUGGACGCCAGGCAGAGUCAUCAAGCUUGGGGUGUCCUUCUCCUCUGACCCCAUCAAUGUGGCUGGCUUUGCGGAUGGAUUUGGUGUCUUCUACCUGAGAACAUAUAGUGGAAUCUUCACAGUUGACCUUAAGUCAGGCGGAGUCAAGAAAAUACUACCCGUCAGAAGUUUCAGUGCCAUUCCCUACAUGAGCUUUUACACUCCAGACCAAGCUAGGGCCAUAACGCUGCCAUCAACCAUGGCCUCCUCCUCAGAGAAUGCCGAGGCCGCCCAAGAUGAGAACUAUGAUCCGCUGCGGACGCACUCGAGCGGGCAGGUGAGCAGCGAGGCGGGGAAAUGUGAGGAGGGGGUUGGAUGGGAGGAAGUGGGCGACGGGGAGAAGGAGGGCGAUGAGAAGCAGGGGGGACAACAUGAGGUGGAAAUUGCCCAAGGGUUUUUCAACGAGGGGUCCAAAGUACUUGAGGACGGGGACUUUGACUACGCUGUAUGUUGCUUACGCUGCUCCCUCGAGAUCAGGGUGAAUUAUCAUGGUAAACUUUCUCCAAAGUGUCGCGACACAUACUACAGAUAUGGAUUGGCAUUACUACGCAAAGCUCAAACCUGGAGUGCAUCAAAUGAAGAUCCAGUGGAAGGUACAACCUGGGAAUAUGAUUUUGAUUUGAAUCUGUCAUGGAAAAUGUUGCAUUUUGCAAGGGUAAUACUUGAGAAGAGUCCUGACAGCACUAGAGAGAAAGUUAAAAUCUUUGCUGCUCUUGCUGAAGUCUCUAUCCAAAGAGAAGACAUAGAGUACUCAUUCAUUGCCUGCUUCAAAUCUUUGACCAUCUUGGCGUAUUUGGUUGAGCCUUACUAUCAUCAUAUUAUAAAUCUAAACAUACAUAAAUGUAUUGGCUUUGAGUUCCCCAAGAGUGGAGAUGCAAAGGGUAUUUCAUUGUGGAAGUCGCGUAUACAGAACCUGAAGAAAGCCAAUGAAGCUUUGUUGGCUCAUAAAGGCGAUGAUGCAUCUGCCACUGAAAUUUGCUUAGAAGAAUCCUCUCUAGCCAAGGAUAUACAGUUUGUUACUAACAUAUUAUUGAGUGCAUUAGAGAAGUUUUCUGGAUCAAGCAAUACUAUGUCAACGGCAGAAACAAUCGGGACUACUGCUAGUACCGGAACGGACCUUGAGGCUGCAGGCCAAGGCAUCAAAUGAGCUAAAUGUCGAGCAGAUCUAUGCUGGACCUAGUCCCAAGAAGUUCGCACAGGACUCUCCAUCUGCAGAGUGAUAACAGCAGCAGCAUAGAUGGUCAAUCUCGAAGCAUGGCAGAGGAUGAUGCUGUGUCAGGGUAGAACUAGACUACAGCUCAUUAACCGUACUUCUUUCUAGUAACUCGCUCCUGGAACAUCUUAGCCGGCUAUUAGGUCCCGUUUUACUUAUUGCCAGAUGCUCAUUUUGGCAGAGCUGUAUUGCUUAA